CCUGCUAGUCUGUCUGACUGUGAGAAGUGCUGUUCUACUGUAGGUCCGUUUUUGUGUGUCAUGUGUGAGUUCUGCCCGUCGCUGUACUUGGACGUUUCUCCAUAUUCCGAUAGGAGGGAAUGGUACCCUAGCGCGAAGGUGGAUAUUGUGCACUAACGAGCCCCCUGGGCCGCUUCCAUCACCAUUGACGACAGACACAACCCCUCAUCUGUCAAUCUCCUGAGCGAGCUCCGCCUGGUCCCGGAUAAGACCGCCCACAAGCUCCCGUUCAGCGCGUCCAGCGAACCCCCGCCCAGCGACCUGAGCGCGGCCGUCAGCCAAUCAGGCGGCGCGGACACCAUCGCCAUGGACACAGAGUCCACCUACUCGGGGUACUCCUACUACUCCGGGCGCUCGCGGGGGUCCCACAGACACAGCGAGCGGAGCCGCGAGCGCCACAGCAAGUCGCGCAGCAAGGACAGCAGCAGCCGCUCGGAGAAGAACGUCACCAUCAACGCGCCGCCCGCGGAGCCCCUGCUCGGAGACCAGCCGCCGCCCAGCGCCCUGCCGCCCGGAGACGACACGCAGGAUGAUAACUGGGGGGAGACCACCACGGCGGUCACUGGCACGUCGGAGCACAGCCUGUCCCAGGAGGACAUUGUGCGCAUCACUAAGGACCUGGAGGAGAGCGUGGGGCUGGGCUGCCGGCGCUACCUCUCCCUGACGCUGGGCCUGCUGCUGGGCCUGCUGGUCUUCCUCACCCCCCUGGCCUUCCUGGUGCUCCCACAGGUGCUGUGGCCGGAGCGUGUGCAGCCGUGCGGUACAGCGUGUGAGGGCCUGUUCAUCUCGGUGGCGUUCAAGCUGCUGAUCCUGCUGCUGGCCGUGUGGGCGCUGUUCCUGCGGCCGCCCCGCGCCGCCCUGCCCCGCCUCUUCGUCUUCCGCGCCCUCCUCGCCCUCCUCGUCCUGCUGCUCGUGCUCUCCUACUGGCUCUUCUACGGCGUCAGGAUACUCGACUCACAGGAUGAGAACUACCAGGGCAUCGUGCAGUAUGCGGUGUCUCUGGUGGACGCGCUGCUGUUUAUCCACUACCUGGCCAUCGUGCUGCUGGAGCUGCGGCAGCUGCAGCCCUGCUUCAGUGUGUGUGUCACGCGCUCCACCGACGGGGAGACGCGCCACUACAACCUGGGACAGCUCAGUAUCCAGAGGGCAGCUCUGGUCAUCCUGGAGAACUACUAUAAGGACUUCCCCGUGCACAACCCGGCCCUGCUCACCGCCUCCAAGUCCAGGGCAGCCAAGCACCUGGCCGGCCUCAAGGUCUACAACGUGGACGGCCCGGGGAAUAACGCCACGGCGGGCCAGUCUCGGGCCAUGAUCGCCGCCGCCGCCCGGCGGAGAGACACCAGUCACAACGAGCUGUACUACGAGGAGGCCGACCACGAGAGACGCGUCAGGAAGAGGAAAUCCAGACUGGUGGUGGCGGUAGAGGAGGCGUUCACGCACGUGCGGCGCAUGCAGGAGGAGGAGCUGAAGAAGCCGCCGGGCGAGGUGAUGGACCCGCGCGAGGCGGCGCAGGCCAUCUUCCCGUCCAUGGCGCGCGCGCUGCAGAAGUACCUGAGGACCACGCGCCAGCAGCACUGCCACAGCAUGGAGAGCAUCCAGAAGCACCUGGCCUUCUGCAUCACCAACAACAUGACGCCCAAGGCGUUCCUGGAGAGCUACCUGACCCCGGGCCCGACGCUGCAGUACGGGCGCGAGCGCUGGAUGGCCAGCCAGUGGACGCUGGUGAGCGAGGCGUCCGUCACCAGCAGCCUGAGGGACGGCACGGCCUUCCUGCUCAAGUGCAUAGACUUCAGCCUGGUGGUCACCACCAAGGGCAUGCCCUACAUCAAGCUCUCCGAGGAGUUCAUCGACCCCAAGUCCCACAAGUUCGUGCUCCGGCUGCAGUCGGAAACCUCCGUGUAGGAACACUGGAUUAUUUGUAUUUUCUGUUUUCUUUCGUUUUUUUUUUUUCUUUCGUUUUGUUUUGUUUUUCGUUUGCCUUGUUUUUCUGUUUGUAUUUUUUCGUUCUUUUUUUUUUUACAUUUUUUUGCAGGAAAAAAAAACAUCUUUUUUCAUCUACACACAAUUUUAUAAUAUAUAUGAAUAUAUAUAUAAAUAUGUAUGAAAACACAUUUGAAUAUUUUUUCUUUUAUAGGUUUAGACGAAGAGUUUAUGUAUUGGAUGUUAAUGUAAAAAAAAAAGUUACAAGAAAAAAAUGGAAAGAGUUGUGUAGCUGCUUUGAGAUGUAUAGACACACCAGCGGCUACCAAGAGUGUGUGUUUUUGUGCGCGUGCAUGUGUGUGUGUGUGUGCGUGUGCGUGCGUACAUGUGUGCGUGCGUGCGCAUGUGCAUUUGUGUGUGCGUGUGUGCAUGUAUGUGUGCGUGCCAGCAUUUGUGUGUGUGUGCGUUUGUCUCUGGGUGUGUGUGUGUGUGGCUGGGUGGGUGUGUGUGUGUGUAUGUGCUAUGGACUCUUUUCAGCCAAACACAUAAAAUGAUGAGUGGAGAAGGACUUGUGGAAACAGGAAACUAAAUUAAAUUUUAUACACUGUGGAAGAGGUGUAGCCUGUGUUUUGGCUAUCAUUUUUAUGUUACUUUAUAUCAUUUCGCUUCAUUUUUUUCAAAUCAUCCAUUUCUGGUUUGAUUUUCAUUUUGUUAAUCAGAUUUUUCUCGUCUUUUAUGUCGACGUGGUGGUUCUGCCCUUCAAUCUAGUCCUCUGUUUUUUUCUCUCUGUGUGUAUGUUCUCUCUACACUCUUUCCUUCCGUAGGGGUGUCUGGAAUGUGGAUUCAGUGGCAUAGGAUUCCGUAGGCUACUCUUCCCGUCUACUGGCGCGGUGUCUAGCUACCUCGGUGUGCUCCCCCCCCCCAGGGUUGCCAUAGCAACAAAGACGCAGGCGCGCUCGCGUUUCGCCUCUUGUCGACUAGCAACAUGACUCUCGAUCUCGAUCUCUGAUUACAUAUCCUGACCCCAAACAGCCCGGCAAAAAUCAUUCAGGAUCUCCCGAUUCUCAUGAAAACAUGAAACGUGUUUGUAUAUAUUUAAAUUAUGCUUAUAGUCAAUGUACACGCACGCAGUAUUGCGUCUGUUUCUGUACAUGUGUGUAUAUGAAAACACUAUAACCCCUUGUUUUAUACACAUCCUUACUGCACAUAUUUUGUUUUUGUUCUCUUUGAUCAUGAAAUCAAGUGUCCUCUUCCUCUCUCUCUCUUCAAAUUCAAAUCUGAAGGUUCCUUUGCUGAGAAAAUCCUCAGAUAUUUCUUGUAGCAUGUCAGGACAAAGUCUCUUUGGCGCCCCCUGAGAGAAUGAGUAAUUGUUUCUCUUGUAAGAAAACACAAGAUCCUGUUUCUGUUUAAACAUCCAAUUCCAUGUAUGUACCACUGACUCACUGCACAUACCUGUGCACUUUACUUGUGCAGUAACCAAGACAAAUGAUGCACUCAUUGCUCACUGUUACACAUGCUAGCCUGUUGUAUUGCAUAACACUAAUGGUUCUCUCAAUGCUAUGGGCCUGUUAGCCACACAUGCUAACAGGGCCUCAUUCUAAUAAAGCACUCCUGUUUUAGCCCCAAUAAUUCUAGCGACCAUACCUGUAUCAUACAUCUGGAAGAGAUGUCACGAAGCAUGUUUGUUCCUGAUUAUAACCAAAGUUUUAUUGUUCAUAGCUUAGUUUAGUUUUGAUUACUGAUUUGAGGAGGUAAUGAGACAAUAUCAUUUCAAAAGCAUCUCUCUCAUUGUCCAUUGCUUAUUGUCUGUGAAAGAGACUUUGUAAAGAGGCAUAUGUUUGAGCAGAGCCAAGCAUGUUUUUAUUUCCAUUGAGGGUUUUUUUUUUUUUUGACCUUCAGUAUGUUCAAACCCCCUUGAAUGAGAGAAAUGAUGCUAUAGCUUUUUGGUUGGAUUCUUCAAAUGAAAUGUCUGAGCACAGAUAUUUUUAAUCCUAAAUGUCCACACGGUUAUUUUCAGACGUGUCCGUUUUUGGCAGUGCAGCUUGCACCGUCAUCCUCCUUAUUCUCUCUCUUUUUUCUCUUUUUCUCUGGUUCCUCUCUUCCCCUGUGGCCCCUUCUUAAGAUUCUAAUCAGGACGGCCCACUUCUCAUUCUGAAGAGUUUCUCUCUCCUCUCUCUCUCUCUCUCCUCUCUCCUCUCUCUGUCUCUCUUUCUCCUCUCUCCUCUCGUUCAAGAGUUUAACCCCCUUUAUCUGUGUAAUCACCAGACACAAGAGUUUAACCAGCUCUGCUUGUUUAGAUGGAGACUCCUAAUCCCACUAUGUCAGACCCCAUCCCCUCUCCUUUCAGUCUGAGCCCCUACACACACACACACACACACACACACACACACACACACACACAGACACACAGACACACAGACACACAGACACACACACACACACACACACACACACACACACACACACACACACACACACACAUAUACAUGCAAGCCGAUGGCCACCUACAUGAACAGCCUAUUAACCCCCCUCACUUUGUUCAGAGACGGAGAAGGACGCUUGGGGCUAAAGAUCACUCGCUCUGUGCUUUUUCACAAGGUGAAGAGCCUGAGCAGAUUGGCUUGUAGAUGUGUAGAUGGGCU